AAAAAAUCGAUUUUCUGGGUUUUCGCCUUAAAAAUAAAGUUCAUCAUUUUUCACUAUUUAAAUUAAAUUAGAAGACACUCGCAUUUAAAUUAUAGUACUUCACACUUGUUAACUGUUGUUACAAUGUCUGAUUCGGAAGAAGAACAAGAACGUAAAAUUCGAGAUUUCAAAGAAAUUUCAGAAGAAAUAGAACGAUGCAAAAGAAAUCCUGAAACUUCUGGAAUGUUCGUGUCUGGUUGGGAUGAUGCAGAUCAAGAUGUGAAUCUUGUGAAAAAUCCUAAAGACAAUCCAAUCGAUCAUGUUUUGUGGGCUGCUGAGAAUGGGGAACUAGAAACCCUUCGAGAACUAAUAAUUAAACAACCAGGAUUAGUUCAUGCAAGGGAUUCUGAUGGGUAUACACCUUUACAUAGAGCUGCAUACAGCAACCAUGUACAUGUGAUAUCAUACCUACUUAGUGUAGGUGCAAAUGUUGGGGCUAAAACUGAACUUGGCUGGACUCCAUUACAUUCUGCUUGUAAUUGGAAUAAUUAUGCUUCUGCUGCUAGAUUAUUAGCUGCUGGUGCUAAUCCAGGGGCUUUAUCAGAUGGAGAACAAACACCUUUGCAUUUGGCUGCAGCGAUAAGUCAUUGUAAAUCAACAUUGCUUGUCUUGUUCAUAAGAGAAGAUAUAGUAGAAAUAUCUCGAAGACCUAACAAUUCGAGAGAAACUCCAGAACAACUAGCUCGUGGCCAUGGAAUUUAUGCACCUCUAUUUGAAAUGGUUUUACCAGCAGCUUCUUUUAUUCGUUCUUUGUCCUUCACUUGCAAUCCAUAUAUGAGAAGCAAUACUUGAACCUGUGCAGAACAACCUUUAAUCAAUGAUAAAAAAUAAUAAUUGUAAUAGUUACAUUUUUGGCUAAAUACAACAACACAAAUUACAAACAUACAUCAAGAAAUAUUUAGCAACUGAGUCAAUUUCUAUGAAAAUCAUUAUAAAGUUAUGUUAUUUAUGCACCAACAAAAUAAAACAUUAAAAGUUAAGUCAUUAGAAAAUGAUUAUUCAACUCUUGAGAUAAUCACACAGUUUACAAUACUUUUUGUUUAAUUUAAAAGAAAAAUGCUUAAAUUUGUAGAGAACAAAUGUAAGCUUACAAGAUAGUGAAAAUAGCAUUUGUUAAGUGUCACCAUGACACAAUGUUUGUAAUAAACAAUGAUUUGAGUCAAAGCAGCAUGUCAAGUAGUACAGUGCAGUAAUCAGUUGCUUACAUAUCAACUGUCUCUACUCUAGAGGAGUUUAGUGUUAAGAGUACCACAGCAAACUAAAAAUGGUAAAAAAAUGCAUUGGAUGUAUGUUUUUUACACAUAAGGUGUUAAUGUGAAACUGAUUAAGAGCAAACUAAAUUCUUAAGCUUACAAUAAUGUGCAUUGGAAAUUUUGAAGACACGCUAGCAGUUGAAGUUUCAUACAUAAAACAUCUAUAUAUGUAGAUAUACACAUCUGUCUGUGUUAUAAUAACAGUUAGUAUUGAGUAAAUAUAUUGAAAUGUUUAUGUGUUUUAAAUUAAUAUAUAGAAAUAACCAUUAGAACAAAGAUAAUACAAAAAAAUAACUAUAAUAUCAGGAAAGUGUGAGUGAGUACUACAGAGGCUCUACAUAAUAUAUUUACUUCAGUAUUUCUCCUCUAUUAAUUCUUAGGGUAGGUGUAACUUUUCCAAUGUCUAAAAAAUUAUUAAAUGUAGAUACAGUGUAAUAAAUCUGAUGAUAAAAAUA